CCCUACGUAUUGGAGAGUACUAGAUCUAACAAAAGAGAGUCUAAAAAAUUCUGGAAUACAGAAUGAAGAUAUUGAAAAACUAUCCUGUGAUUUCUCCAAUAAAAUUGAAUGGAACAUUGGGGUCAUUAUUUCUAUUGAAGUUUAA